AUGGCUUCUCCGAACCCAGAUCCCGCGCCCAGCACUGCCGCUGGCAAUGACGAUACCACACCGAGACACGCAUCUCGCCUGAUCUCCUUCCGACUCGACUCGUCGUCGGUCGCGAGGCGACUCGAAAACACCGAAGAGAAAGAUCGGUAUGCUAAGCUCUCGACGCUGUACCAAGCCCUCGAACAGAAGUUUCACGAACUCGAGGCACGGAAUAUCGAGCUCCAGAACGACAACGAUGAGGCCCUAGUCCAAUACCAGGGAGCAAUCGAGCAGCAGAACAGAGCUCAAACCGCCCUCGAAGCCGCUCUAGUAGCAGAGAAAGCAGCCGUGGCGAAACAGAACGAGAUGGCUAUGAAGUUUUUCGAUCUACAGAACCGGAGCACACCGAGUAUGGAAGCUGCGGUCCCGAGGAAAUCUGCUCGUAUGCCUGACGCACCAAUGUUUAGCGAUGGGAAGGAAGUCCGAUACGAAGCUUGGGCCACAACGAUCCGCCAGAAGCUACUCGCAAAUGCGGACCAUUAUCCUGAACCAGUACAUCGAAAGCUCUAUGUACAGAGUCGCUGCGAGGGCAAAGCCCAGCUCCAUAUUGCCCCCCGCAUGGAUGAAGCCUCCACCAGGCCAUACGAGGAUGCGGAAGAUAUCCUUAGUCACCUGCGAAGUGUGUUCGCUAACCCGAAUCGGAAGGCGGAAGCAUACUCCGCCUACCAUCAGCUAGCGAUGAAGCCCCGUGUGUUACGCGUAGCCGACUGGUCACUGUGA